AUGCCACUAAAGGUAGGGUCAAUCGACGUCAUCCAAAUCAGCCUUCGGCCCUGUCCAGAGGAUCCAAACUACGACAAUGCCGAUUCGAGGACGACGACGCUACCCAAGGGCCAUAGUAAAGGCCCGGGCUACGCUUCAUUCCAAGCAAACACCAUUUUCGAGAAAGAUGUGAAGAUUUCUCUGCGUGAUGGGGCUCGAAUCAGAGCAGAUAUCUUCCGCCCUGCUGAUUCCGACGAGAAAGUCCCUGCUCUCGUCGCGUGGAGCCCCUAUGGGAAGUCUGGCAGAGGAUUCUUCCACUUAGAUCUCGUGCCGGGACGAGUGGGCAUUCCUCAGUCCAAGCUUUCCAAGUAUGAAAAGUUCGAAGCCCCCGAUCCAGCGGAAUGGACAGCACGCGGCUACGCCAUUGUCAAUGUUGACGUGCGAGGCUCAUGGGACUCGGAAGGAGGCAGUCUCCCCUGGUGGGGAACCCAGGAGGGAAGAGACGGCUACGAUGUGACGGAGGAGUUGGCCAAGAUGGAAUGGUGCAAUGGAAGCAUUGCGUUUGUGGGAAACUCGUGGCUUGGAAUGGCACAGUGGUUCAUCGCGGCUGAGCGGCCUCCACACUUGAAAUGCAUCGCUCCGUUUGAAGGUGCUUCGGACGUCUAUCGUGAGCUUGUCUGUCGCGGAGGAGUUCCAUCCAAAGCAUUUCUCAGGUUUGUUGGCAGUAUGCUUUUCGGUGAGUGUAAUGGGACUCAGGAGGACGUGGCGUCGAUGAUUGAGAAGUACCCAUCGAUGAACGACUACUGGGCCGACAAACGCGCCAAUGUCAGCAAUAUCAAUGUUCCCAUCUACGCUCUGGCCUCCUUCUCAACGGGACUCCACACGUUCGGCUCCUUCCGGGGCUUCACAGAAGCGCAGAGUCAGCACAAAUGGCUCCGAGUCCACGCGACGCAAGAAUGGCACGAUCUCUACCAGAAAGAGACCAACGACGAGUUACAGAAGUUCCUCGAUCGAUACACCAAAGGCAUCGAUAACGGAUGGGAGGAAACUCCCAAAGUCCGAGUUUCCAUCUACCGAUAUAACAAGGAACCCAUCUUGAACCACAUCGUCCCAGACUGGCCCAUCCCCUCGACCGAGUACAAGACGCUCUACCUGCGUGCCGACGGCAGCCUCCAACACCAACUCCCGAGCGACAGCAGCGCCGACACGACACUGUCCUACCAAUCCGACGUGCCGUUCCUACAGAUGGACGACGACGACGAAGAACUCGGCUUCCAACACAUAUUCGCCUCCUCCGCGUACCUGGUCGGCUCGGCGCGCGCCAAGCUCUUCAUGUCGACGCCGCCCGACUCAGGCCACGACGACAUGGACAUCUGGCUGCAGCUGCGCAAAGUGGACCGGUCCGGCGCCGUCCUCCAACAACUGACCAUCCCAGCACAGGACUCGCCCAUCCCCGACUCCGAGGUCCCGGUGGUGAACCCGCUGCGCUACCUCGGCCCCAGCGGCGCGUUGCGCGCAAGCCACCGCGCCCUGUCCGCACCAGAAUCCACGCCCGAGUUCCCCGAACACGACUACACGCGCCGCGACCCCAUCUUGCCGGGCCAGAUCGUCGAGCUGGACAUCGGACUGUGGCAGACGGGCAUGGCAUUCGAGCCCGGCGAGUCGCUCCUCCUCAAGGUCAGCGGGCAUCCCAUGACGCUCGCCGAGUUCCCGCCUCUGAGAGGAGCCGAGUUGUCCCAGAAUAAAGGGAGGCAUGUUCUGCACUUUGGGCCGGACACCCCCAGUGCCUUGGUUGUUCCUUUGAUUGACAUCUGA